AUGGCGAACACCAUCACCAGCUUCAUCUGCAGCCUGCAGACAAUCGUUUCAAAGAGGGAGAGGGAUCUGCUCAUUGACAAGGAGCUGGAAUACAACGAGAAGAUCGUUGGUCAGCUUUACAAAACCUUCCAUGAGCUUGAUACGAACGGCAACGGCGCUGUCAGCUGGACGGAGUUCCAGCUGGCUCUGCAGGACGAGCGGAUGCACGCGUUCUUGAGCACCUUGGAGCUGGACAUGUCAGAUGCGAAGAAGAUUUUCCACAUCCUCGCCUCAGAGCAGACAAACGCCAUCGAGGAGUCCGACUUCUUGCUGGGCUGCCUGCGCAUGCGAGGAGGUGCCAGCGGUGUUGAUAUGGUCAGGAUCCAGAUGGAGCAGGAGUGUUGGGGCCAGCGCUUCCCAGUCAGCCCAACACGCUUUACUCAUUAA